CUCCUCACAGUUAGGAUGGACUCCUCACAGUUAGGAUGGACAUUUAUCCUGAGGCUGUCCACAUCAUUGCGGGGGACUUUAACCAUGCCAACUUAAAGGUAGUGCUUCCCAGACUCUACCAGCAUGUUAAAUGUGCCACGAGGGGGGAUAAAACACUGGACAAGGUCUACACUAAUAUUAAGGGGGGCUACAGAGCUAAAGCGCUAGCGCACCUAGGCCAGUCAGAUCAUGUGUCCCUUCUCCUAAUUCCGGCCUACUCCCCGAUCAGGAAAAGUUUUUCCACCACUAUAAAGACAUUUGAAACCUGGCCUUUAGACGCCACUCCACAGCUGCAAGACUGUUUUGAGAACACCGACUGGGGGGUUUUCGAACAUGAGGACCUGGAACAGUACACAUCAGCGGUCCUGGGAUACAUCAAGCACUGUUCAGACUCCGUCACUGUGGAUAAGCGCAUCCGGGUUCAUCCCAACAAGAAGCCGUGGAUGACUGGAGAAGUGCAGCGCCUGGUCAGGGAAAGGGACAUUGCCUUCAGGACAGGUGAGAGGGAGCUGUACAGCACUGCCAGAGCCGACCUGAAGCGGGGGAUCAAGCGGGCCAAGAUGGACUACAAGGGGAAGAUUGAGGACUGCUUCCGGGGCAACGACUCCAGGCGGGUGUGGCAGGGGGUCCAGCAAAUGACCAACUACAAACCCAGCCACCCCUCGGCCGACGGGGGUGACCCUCAGCUGGCGGAGGAGCUAAACUCCUUCUACGCCCGCGACGAGACAGGGCUAUCGGAAGCAGCCACACCAUUACAUCCACCUGCCCUCAGCAGCCUCACCCUCACGGAGCACGAGGUGAGACGCACACUGAAGGCAGUGAACCCGAGGAAAGCAGCGGGGCCGGACGGAGUCUUGGGACGGGUGCUGAGAGACUGCGCUGACCAGCUGGCGGGGAUCUUCACCAAGAUCUUCAACCAGUCCCUGUCCCAGGCCAUCGUCCCAUCCUGCCUGAAAACAUCCACAAUCAUCCCGGUGCCGAAAAAGAACAACAUUGGCUGCCUAAAUGACUACCGUCCAGUGGCACUCACCUCCACCCCGCUAAAGUUUUUAAGAAGGUGGUCCGUCCCCACAUCGUCUCAUCCCUCCUUCCUGGUCUGGACCCCCACCAGUUCGCCUACAGGGCCAACAGGUCCACGGAGGACGCCAUCGCCCGGCGUAACGAGCACUUCGUACGGCUGCACUCAGGCAGGCGCUUCCGUACCAUGUCUUCCCGGACAAACAGACUCAAGUUCAGUUUUUUUCCCAGGGCCAUAUGUGCACUAAACGCUGCUAAUAUUUAAGUUAUCAUGUCUUCCGUGCAAUACGAGGGGAAUCGUGCAAUUUAAUUUAUUUAUUAUUUAUUUAUGUACAUAUUCCCUAUCAUGUCUUUUUUAAGUCUUUUUUAAGUCCCAUUUAUUGUUUUUAUUGUUUUUAUAGUGUCUUGUUGUUUUUAUAUUGUCUUGUUGUUUUUAUAUUGUCUUGUUGUUGCGUGUUGGCACCUUGAGUUUAUUGUAAUUUCGUUGUACCUGUACAAUGACAAAUAAAGAUCUAUCUAUCUAUUUUCACAGUGCUGAGUUGUGUUUAUGUUUUAAUUCAACAUGACUGAUGGUGAUAUGCACAGUAGUACUAACUAAUCAUACUAACUGAUUCAUUUGGAUUAAUAUGUGUGGACACAGGCCAAAGUAUCUAAAUGUGCUUUUAUUUGUCCAUCCAAUAGAAAUGGUAGUUUCCCAACAUAAAUGUGUGUGAUCCUCCUAAAAUCGCAUUCUCUUUUCCUGAUGAAUUCCCCACCAAAAAUGUCAUAACCCCAUGACGGUUUUCACUGAAGUUUAGAAAUCAUGGUUAGGAUAUGAAUAUUUGGACAUUCUACUGCAACCGAAAGAGAGAGCCAGCCCGCAGGAGACCCACACGGCCGGUCUCAUGGCCCAGGGAGACUGGCCAGGUGCUCCAUGUUGCCAAGAUUAACCACGACUACCAGACCUGUGAAGGAACACACAACAACAGACACGUGAAACACGAUCACACACGAGCACACACACAUCAACAGGCUCUGUUAAAGCAGAGCGUCACAUCAGUGAUAUACUAAAGAGGAAACGUGUUGUUUUCUACACCAAUGCCAAAACCAACCCACCCCCAUCCAAUCCAUCAUCUUCUUUGAAUUUGUUGAUGGCGGGUACACAAGAUGAUUUAGCUGAUAUAAGAUAUAAUAUAAAGUCUACAACUAACACUUACAGAUGCAGUAUU